AGGAAAAAUUGUGCGAGGCACUCGUCAAGCUCGGAAGGAUAUUGUACGUGUACCGAGAACUGUAAAUGAAAUCGAAACGCGCGUAGGUGAUCAGGUAUAAUCUAGUAUUGCAGGCGCGUCAUCGCUGAGCGGUGUUCACCUGACGGUUGCGAAGAACCAGGACCAGGUCAGGGGGGCCUGAAGAACCACCGAAGGUGGGGUUAACUCUCUCUUGGACUCAACUGAUAAUGAAACUGCUGGCCAGUCACACUUUCACGCUCGCCGCGAUUUGAACUUUUCGCUUAUAACCGCGAAACAAACGAAACUUCCAUACGCGUUUACACUUCCAUGUGCAUAUCUGAUUUUUCUUUACUUUUCCUUGUAAUUCUCCCACUUCCGUCGAUGUGAUAGGUGGAAAAAAAACAAACGGUUCCAGUAUAAUUGCUUUCGCGUAUUUCAACGUUUCGAAAGCAAACAGCCGAGUUGAUCAAUCGAUUGACACAUGCACGAUAUACACGUUUUUAUAUUUCGUUGCUAAAUGUUCGUAACGGGGCCGAAGCGUUAGUGGAAUCACAACGGUAAUAAUAGGUCUGUCUAAAUUAAUCUGCAACCCCCGAUUCGAGUUAUUUACCCGCGUUUAAAAACCGCGAGUGAAGUUAUGUGCUUGUUUGUCGGUACCGGUAAUGCGGCGAUGAACCCAACCGCGGUUCAUUAGUCUAAAGAAAUAAAACCAUUGUCAACAACGCUGGUGUAAAUACAGGGAUGAAUCACUAAAUGGUUACUAGAACGUAGUGGUGAGCAGUGGAAACAGCAACGAUACAAAAAAAUCCACGGUUAUUAUCCAACAGGAAAGACUCGCUGCGCUGAAUUGUAUCCGCAGUGACAAGUGCGAAUCUGACAAAAAAUCUGCUACACAAUUACUCGGAGAACAAACCAAACGUCACCGUUCUGCAGUGAUUCACAUCCCGCAGGAUAACGGAAGGCAAAAGUCUAAGGGAAUAGGGGAGAGCGGUUAACUUCAACUUUAUGACUUUGAAGCUCGUUGGUUCAAAGUUCAACCUUGUCGCUGAUCAUGGGUCGUGAACUCGUUCACCUGUUGAUUGCCUGCCUGCACUUCGUAUAUUCCUCACCGCAACCGGCGGAAAGCUACAAUGUAUUGCUGGCCACGAUGGGAGGCACAAAGUCCCACACGGUACCGUUUGUCGCCCUUGGUACUAUUCUGAAGGAGAGAGGACACAACGUAACCCUUUUCAGCGCGUUCACUGGCCCCGCGGCAAAUAACGCACUGCGCGAAUUUGUGCCUCCCGUUUUAGAGGCCUACGUCGGAAACUACACCGCCGAAUGGGAUCUGGUGGGAUCGAGAUUCCGGAACGAACUUCCUCUAUCACCCUGGGACGCGAUGCGGUACGGAUGGGAAGCCUGCGAAGCGCUCCUGCAGGACGAGACGUCGCUUAACUCCCUCAGGAAACCGGAAGGAGAUCCAAGAGCUCGGUGGCACGUCGCGGUGCUUGACGGGACUUAUCCGGAAUGUUUACUGGCGAUUCUGCACAAGGAGAACGUGCCAACGAUCAUGCUGAACACAGUUGCCCUCUACACCGGAUCCAUAACUCGACAGGGUAGCCCGUCGCCGUGGUCGAUCACACCGUACUUCGGAAAGGCUUUCACUCAAGACAUGAAUUUCAUACGGAGAAUCGUCAACGUCGCGUGUUUGAUGACCCUCGAGGUGAUGCACUGGGUCAUGAUUACUGGCUACCUUCAACCCAUUCUGAGGAAACAAUUAGGCGACGACGUCCCGGAUGUCAGAGAUCUGAUAGCUGACGUACCAUUGACGUUUCAAAACAGCCACUACACAGUCGCGGACUCUCUUCCACAUCUGCAAAACGUCGUGAACGUUGCAUGUUUGCAUUGCAGACCGGCAACGGAGCUCAGCACGGAACUUGAAUUAUUUCUGCGAAGAGGUUUCAUCUUCGUAUCGAUGGGCUCCUCGGUGCACGCGGCUGGAAUGCCUGACGCUCUUCGCGAAAUCUUCAUCGCCGCCUUCUCGACACUGCCUUACAACGUCGUCUGGAAGUGGGAGGGCGGGAAGAUAGAAAAUCUUCCCCCCAACGUCAGGAUAGCCGCGUGGUGGCCGCAGCAAGAGUUGUUGGGCCACCCCAAUCUCAAGGCUUUCGUCUCUCACGGAGGACUUCUUUCCCUACACGAAGCCGCCUUUCACGGGGCGCCGACUCUUGUACUUCCGGUAUUCUGCGAUCACGACGGAAACGCAGCGCAGGCCGAGAAACAAGGCUACGCACUCUUGAUGGACCUCGCCAGCAUCUCGGCGACUGCGCUUCGCGAGGGAAUUUUAAAGGUCGCUUCCCCGAAGAGCAACCCUUACAGAAAUGCCGCGAUACAGAAGAGCAUCCUGCUAAAGGACCUGCCGAUAAAACCUCAGGAUUUGGCUACCUGGUGGGUCGAACACGUGGCGAAAUAUCGCGGAGCUGAACACGUCAAGAGCACGAGCAGGCACAUGACGACGAUUCGUUACUAUUCAAUCGACGUAGCUGCUUUCUACGUGAGCCUCGUUACGAUCCUCGUUUACACCCUGAAGAAAUUCACGCUGAGAUUAGUAGUGGCAAAAGGAAACAUCGCUAAGAUGAAAAUCGACUGAUGACUGACCCAGGUUUAUUAUAGUGGGAAGAGGAAACGUACGAUUAAGCUGACAAUUAACGACAAUUAACGAAAACGAAAGUGAUCUCUGUCCAAAUCGGACACCGUCACACGCGGAUGUGUAAAUAUGUGUGUUCCUGCGCGGAGAGGAAGUACGUACAUGUAUGAUACAUUCGGUGAACGAUAUUCUAUUACCGAUAGUCAUAAUGCCAACUCCGCCAGGCCUCUACAUGUAAUACAUAUGUAUAUAAUUAUAAACGGUCGUGAAAAGUGAGAGUGGAACCAAAACUUGGACUAUUACGCAAGCGUAUACUUACAUGCAUAUGCAUAUGUAUACAUAUAUAUACAUAUACAUAUAUGCGAGGUUUGUAUAAAUUUUGCGAACAGUUUAUACGUAUUACAUUGGUGCUGCGGCGAUGAUUAUUAUUCUAUAGCAACGGCACCUGGUAAUGUGCAAUAUGCAUUGAGAAUAAAACCGUAGCGGGAAAGGUGAUCCGAAUUUCACCGCUUCGUAUAAUAAUAAGAUAUAACGUAGCGUGCGUGCUGCAAGAGAAGCUAUUAUAUGUUAUAGAGGCAUUGCAAGCCACUAAUAUCGGCGCUGUUCUUCUGCGCGUGUCGAACGUCGCGCUUUCUAACGCGGCAAUAAAAUUGUAAAGCGGUAGGUAGCCACUGUGAAUA